AUGUUGCCCCCCCUCUCCGAAAUCGAGCUUGACCACGAAGGCAAAGACCUCUGGGAGUUCAUUCUGCGAGCCGAAGCUUACGCCGAAGCGGAUGCAUUCUCCACUGGAUCCAAAUUCAAGGACAAGCUCAUCGGCGUCCGUGUUAUAGGCUAUUUUCUUGUCGAUUUCUUCAGCCACACUCACUUUACGUACGGCACCCAUCCAUAUAAGCGCCUCAUUGCAGAAAUCACCUCUUGUCGGUGCAAAGAUUCCGCCUUGGAGGACCUCUGUAACCUUGGUCUGCUCUAUCGCAACCACCUCCUUCGUAUCUUCCAUUCGGAUGCCCGUCCAGUCUACAACGACCCCAAUUCCCCCAGUCUGCCCUCGUUUGAAUUGAAACGACAGAGGAUUCUUGCUUUGCAAACGUCAACAAAGGAUUCGGAUGUCCGCGACCGAGCCCUGCUGCGCGAUGGAUUCCGGUGCAAGUUGACAGGAUGCUAUGAUAUUGUCGCCACUGUGACUUAUCCCGAACUCGAGGCCCGCAGGCUUACCGAUAACGAGGGCGCCGGUGUUGUUCAGUGCGCACACAUUUUCUCACAAUCCAGCGACAACCAGGAGGCGUAUAGUGCCAGUGCUGACGCGAUUCUUGAACUGUUCUGUGUUGGACAUGAACAGUGGGUUGGAACCAGACUCGGAGUCCAUCGGGAUGCGAACCUCCUGUGCAUGGACGGGAAUCUCUAUAGCCUCUUCAAUGAAAUGCUUGUGUGGCUGGAGGAAGUUAACGACCAGGCAAGAACCUCUUUACCACCAGUCUAA